UCUGCAUUGAGGCGUGGGGAAAGGAAAUCAUUAAAGUGGAAACACUGUUCAGGAGUUAGAUUUGGUAUAUUUUUACCAAAUAAAGAUGUUUAGGAAGAAACUUUAACUUAGAAAUAUAUUUAAGUAAUAUAAUCAUGUCGGUUAUUGUUAUUGCUGUAGCUACAGAAAGUGGAGUGCCAAUAUUUUCAAGAAAACGUGGGAACAGUGAAAAUGUCCAGUUUUCUACUAUUGCUUCCCUCCAUGGAAUCAAUAUGUUUAGUAAGUGCUAUAAUUUAACGAUGAUAAAUACCCAUGUAGAUAAUGGAAAAAUACUUUGGAAGGAAUUCUGUAAGAGUGUGACAUUAAUUGGUGUAGCUACGGGAGGUCUUGAAUGUGAUUUAGAGUUGCUCUUAUCUUGUAUACAUGAUGCAAUGAUAUUGUGUAUAGGUAAAAAGGAAUUGGAAAAUCUCAAAAAUAUUGAUCAAAUCAAGAAGGACUUGAGGCAAUGCUACCCAAUCUUGGAUUAUUUGUUGGAAUCCUUAGACCCAAAUACUACAUCUAGUUCAUUGCCUACACUAGCAUUGGAUCUUAUGCAGAGUAUUCUGUGUCCACAAGCUCAGCAACUUCAGCAAGCUCUAGAUCACUAUGAAGAGUGUGUAACAGGUCGUUGGGCUUGCCUUUGUAUCCAUGGUCACAUAGUGGCCACAAGUUCAGAUUUCCAAGAACUAGACCCUCGGGAAGCUCGGCUAUUGUUACUGCUGACAACUGCUCAGGAUGGAGCUCCACUCAGAGAUACACCAGUCUAUUUACCCCAAACUAGUCCUAAUGUAGCAUUCAGAGCAGUGACGUGCAAACUAUUAGCAGAUGUAUACAUACUGGUGAUAUGUGGGGCUACACCAGCACUGUCACAAAUUGACGAAAUUGUACUACAGUGCUGGGAAGGAUAUACUCAAACAAUAAAGGAAGCCAAAUUAGUAUAUCCAAGGAAUUUUCCUAUGAGUAUAUCAUUUGAACCAACUAUAUUAGGGUAAGUUUCAUGUGUGCUUCUUGAUAUCAGUCCACUGCUGGACAUAGGCCUCUCCCAGGGCACUUCAUUAAGCUUGGUCAACCAUAUCAAUAUAUUUUAAAUGUCUGUCUGUAACCCCUUUGCGCUUAAACCGCUGAACCGAUUUCGAUGAAAUUUGGUACAGAGAUAGUUUGAGUUCUGUGGAAGGACAUAGGAUUAUCAUAGAAAACAUCAAUUUAAGGGUGUGAUUUUUUUUUGCAUUGCCACGAUAUGUCUGACCAAAACAUUUUGUAUUACCACGAAUGUUUAUGGUGACAAAAAUACUCUACGCGUCGCUGUCGGUAAGUUAAUGCGCAUCAAUGGGUUUGACCGCUAUUACUAAUUCGUGUGUUCACGCAUAUCCAUACUUGAGUGGUUUGUAGACAGCGAAACUUCGAAUGGUUUGCAAGUAUUUACAUAUAGUACCUAGUAGGUCAUAAAUUCUGUCACAUGUUUAAUAUAAAAUAAUUGAAACAAGUUUAUUCAUUAUGUAACCAUUUAUAUACCAAAAUGAACUUAACAAAACAUAGAUUCUUAUGACAAUAAAGUUUAUUCAAAAUGACCUCCGUGAUUUUGAAUACAGGCCUUCAAUCUGCGCGGCCAGUCGUCUAUCGCAGCACGAACGAGGUCCAUGUCAAUAUCGGCGGCUACCUUAAUCAAGGAUGUCUUGAGUGACUUCAAAUUGGGAUGAGGCUUUGAGCACGCCUUUUCAUCCAAGUGUUGCUAUAUCUUGUAAUCUAACGGACUCAAAUCUGGAGUGGAGGAGGGCCAGUCUAAGUGCCGGAUGAAGUCGAUUUCUCUCAGAUUUUCUCAGUCUUGUGUGCUCUUCGCUAUAUGAGCUGGCGCCGAAUCUUGUUGGAAUACCCAGUGCCGGUUAGUGAACAUGGUAUGAGAAACAGGUUCCACAAGGUUCGUCAGGACUGUAUUUUGAUGCACAAACACAACUGCACUCGUUUUUACACCUUUCUCACAAAAAUGCACCUCUAUGAAGCCCCAAUAAGAAACUCCCAACCAUACCAUGAGCGAGGGUGGAAAAUGACCUCGUUGGACACGCGGAAUACGGUUGCUCGCUUCUUUACUACUGUGUGCGUACACCUUAUCAUUUUGUUUGUUGUAGCUCUCUUGUACGGUAAAAAAUUAUCAUCCGAAAAAACAAUUUCCCGAUAUUUUUUUCCCGCGUACCGCUUCAACAAAGCGCGGCAUCUCGUCAGUCUCAGGUCCAUUAGACGAGCAUUCAAACGAUGUCCUGUUUUUCUUCGAUAUGCCCGAAGCCCUAAGUCUUCAUUUAACAACCUUUUCACCGUAGUUCUUCUUAACCCCAUCUGAAGGGCCAACAGUUUCUGCUUACGUUUGGGAUUUCUUUGAAUUCGCGCCUUCACAGCUUUUAUCACUGCUGGAGUCCUAACAGACCGAGGGUCGACCACUUCUUGACCUGUCGUCUACACUAGAGUCUUCAUUGUAUCGUUUGAUGGUACGAUAAACGAAUCUUUUGGUUAUAUUAAAAUUUUUCAGUAUGUCAAAAAUUUUAAUUGGCGCAUAACCGCAACGAUGCAACGCGAUAACUGCAACACGGUCUUCUUUAAGCGUCUAUAUUUAAAAAUUAGUAAAAUUCUAAAAAGUAUACAUUUUUAUUUUCAUGAACAAUUCGAAAUUCGAAUUCAAUAAAGUUUUUUGUGGCCAGCAUUCUAAAAGAAAAGUUUUUACUGUGUGACAAUACUUAUGACCUGACCGUGUAUUUAUUGAUGUAACGUAAGAAAUUGGUGUCUAUAAACCUCACUUCAUUCGAAAUAUCGUCACCUAGAAUUCCGAUGUUUUAGAGAUGUUGAGGAUCCUGGAAAUAAAAUGCUGCUACUAAUGGGGAUUUCUUCGCGGUGAACGCACACACUUGUGUCUUUAUCGGGUUAAAUCGGACUAAAUUUUGUCGGCCCCAAUUUGAGACUUGACCCAGUAACGUCUCAAUCUCAGACACAAGUUUGACUCCACACUCCUCUUCCUCCAUCCGAGGGAUAUUUGCCCGACCAGUGUAAAAAGUGUCGCCAGUGCUGUCAUUCCCAUAGCAAUGUUUGUUACUGUUAGUUAAUAACAAACCAUUCAUAUGCAAGAUGAAUAUCGUGGGCGACAGAACCGAUCCUUGUGGGACGCCAGCAUUUAUUGAUUCAGUGUCAGAACAGACGCCAUCAAGCACAACUUGUAUGCUGCGUUCUAAUAGAAAGCUGGCAAUCCAUUUGCAUAACCCAAGAGAGACCCCAAAUGAUGCAAGUCUCGACAGAAGUGCCCUGUCUCACACCCAAUCAAAUGCCUUAGCGAUAUCAAAGCGGACAGCAAGCAAGUCGCCAGCCCUUAGACCACGGCAAAAGCCGUAUUGACGAUCACUAAUCAGUUGGUGCUCCUAAAUGCCUUCGAGUUGAUGAUGCCCUUAUCUUAGAAAUGAGAGGUAACAGCAAUGGGUUGGUAGUUCGACGGGGCUGAACGGUCACCCUUCUUAGGGGUGGGGUAUGCCAGCGGCAUAGGAGCAAGAGUAUAGGCGAAUCAGCACUGGAGCACACCACGUCUUCAGUACGAUAGCUGGGAUUUUAUCCGGCCCAUUAGUAAGACGUAAUUUUUACGAUAUUACGCCGCCUAUCGCACUCCCUGUCACAGGUGAAUAUGGUCAGUCUGCUGAUUUAGUAUUAGAGCUCGCAUCACUGCUACAUAAAUAGUUUAAGUUUGUGGCAUCAUGGCAGAAUAAAAUCGACUAAAAAUCAAAGUUUACUAGGAAUGAAAUGUAAUGAAAGGUUGUUACAGGAUUUUAGCAGUCCAUAUAAGUAAGCAGAGAUGUGUGUACUCUCGUCAUCUCAACGUAUCAAGUCAAAAGAGCCGCAACAUGUCGGGAACACAUCGGACAGACAUACUGCGUACAUUCUACGUCACAACGGCUAGACAACUGGCGCCCGAACUAAAAAUUAAGGAAAAUGAUAAAGAUGACUGGGCUGACUGCAUGUGUGAAACAUACUGGAGUUCGGAAUACCACAAGUGCCAUGCACAAAGAUCAGGCAAUCUGAUGUGCUGUGUCUUAUAUGCUUCUACAGUGCCGAUUCAAACGAUGAGACUUAUAACCACAAAAAUACUUCAAGACCUGAGUACAAACAAAGAAAUCUGCUGGUAAAUAAUAUUAAGGAAUAAAAAUAUGAAUCCGUCCAUGACAUUAAUGGUAUCUAGGAAGUAUAGAAUACAAUAUUAUAAAUAAGAAAUAUUAAAACAACCAUAUUGAUCAAUCUUAAUUUUAUUUAAUACCAUUUAAUAAUAAUAUCCUUUUGGCAAAUAUUAAAGGAGUUUAAGUCACUAAAAAGGCAAUAUCACCUAACUUGCAUACUCGCACUCUCUCUACCAAUAUGACAAUUAUAGCUGUCGAAAGCUCGUCAACGUGCGUAUCAACAUCCAUUACCUGAAGACAACGAAAUAGAAAUUAUAUAGAAACAUUACUCUCUAACAAUGGCCGCUAAAACAUGGGAAAAAAAACAACUAAACUUCAAUAAUAGCGCAACACGCAACAGACAAAGCAAAAUACUUUGACAAAUCAAACAUCUGCAUAUAAAUUCGGCUAUCCAUUCAUUGGGUAAGAUAUUGUUACAGAAAUCUCAGCCAAUCUCAUGAUCGGCGUGAUGAUCGAAGUUUUUUCGCCCCGCCCACUUCAGCGCAGUUAGCGUGGUACCACUUUUUAGCGCAGUUCAUAUUCCAUAUUAUUUCUAAUUCGUUGCCCGAAGUCAAAAACAGCGAACGAUAUUGGAUUACACGUCUAAUGUUUCAUUUAAGAAUUCUUCAAUUUGAUAAUAAUGUAUUGGGUGUCAAUUCUGGUAUGAUUCUCUAAAUUUAACAUUUUAUCUCUACUUUUCAUUUUGUAUAGAGAAUGACAAGGAUACACUGUUUUCAAAUUUAGGUUUAGAGAAUCAUGUCAG